AUGUACUAUACCAUAUCCUGCAUGGGAUUAGCGCCGCCUCAGCGAACAUGGAUUUGUUGCGCAGCUCACCCGCCAGUUCGCUGCAAUGCGACACCAGCAUACAUCUGCGCCUUGAUGACAGCGAACGUCAUGUCCACGCUGCAUGUGUUCGACCUACCUCAGCUCUACACCAAGCCCGCAGCACACAUCCUUCUCGAAGCCCUUGCGCUUCUUACCACGGUCCCGCCGUCGUGGGAGAAGAGCCGUGCGUCUGGCCCAAGCAAUCAGAGCGGAGAUGCGGUUGCAGGCCAGAUAGACAUCAAUCCCGAAGGCGUCACACGUUACCUUACCAGCAUUGUCAGCAGUGGUUUGCGCUGGAUUGAGGAUGAGGAUGCCAAAGAAGCGAUAUACAAGCAAGCCAGUGCUAGACUGAGCGAACGGUCAGGUCGCUCUGCCAUGGGGUCCAUGUCGCGCACCUUUCAAAUACCUACUGCGACCAACCCUUUCGAGCUCAGUAUUCAUGAGCCUGCAAUGACUGGCGAUGAACUUGGCCUGAAGACAUGGGCUGCCUCAUAUCUUCUCGCCAAGCGCCUGCAUAAAUUCCAUUUGACGCCGUCAGAGGACACCCGGAAGCUCCGUGUCCUGGAGCUUGGGUCAGGCACUGGUCUCGUAGGACUUGCAAUGGCGGGGCUGGGCGCCCAUGUGCACCUCACCGACAUGUCGUCGAUAUGUCCAAACCUUGCACGCAAUGUGCGAGCUAAUUAUCACACAAUAUCUCAGAACAAUGGCUCGGCCCGCACAGCUACUCUGGAUUGGAGUUGCCCUGCCUUGUACGAGCCGUUCGACGACCAUGUCACUCCCUACGGAGCCUCCAAUGUACCAGAAAAAUUCCCACUCAUCCUUGCAGCAGACUCGCUGUACGCACCGGAUCAUCCUCGUAUGCUUGCGAAUUCCAUCGCUCAAUGGCUUUCAAGAGAGGAUGAGGCCAAAGUCAUUGUAGAAUUCCCAUAUCGUGACGCGUACCUGCCACAGAUCAAAGACUUUCGCCAGCGUAUGUCAGACAUUGGACUAGAAAUUGUAGACCAAGGAGAGGAGAAUGGUUUCGACGAUUGGCAAUCGUCAACAAACUAUGGGGCGGACGAGGAUGAGGACGAUGCUGUCAUCACAAUCGGUGUGAAUUUCAAGAUGACGACACAGACAUCUUCGCAGAAGAACCCUUCGUUCGUGCUCCAAGAACCCAACAAAGUCAGAUACGAAGACCGACCGAUUCCUGAGCUCCCUUCGCCAUACGAUGUCAUUGUGAAGCCAAAGUGGACUGGUAUCUGUGGCUCAGAUGUGCAUUACUGGGUCCAUGGCCGCAUCGGCCACUUCAUCGUCGAGAAGCCCAUGGUCCUCGGCCACGAAUCUUCAGGCAUUAUACAUGCCGUUGGCGACAAAGUCAGGACUUUGAAGAUUGGUGAUCGAGUUGCCAUGGAGCCUGGAGUUCCCUGCAGACGCUGCGUACGCUGCAAAGAGGGGAAAUAUAACUUGUGCCCAGACAUGGCAUUCGCAGCGACACCACCGUAUGACGGAACGCUUGCAAGGUAUUACACUCUCCCUGAAGACUACUGCUACAAACUACCCGACAAUAUGAGCAUGGAGGAGGGUGCGCUGAUGGAGCCCACUGCGGUUGCAGUACACAUUACACGACAGGCAGCUGUCAAGCCGGGUGACUCUGUAGUCGUCUUUGGUGCAGGUCCUGUAGGCUUGCUAUGUUGUGCUGUGGCAAAGGCAUAUGGAGCAAAGAAGAUUGUAACAGUUGACAUCAACGACGAGAGGAUGCAAUUUGCCCUCAAGUACGCCGCCAACACAAGUUUCAAGAGUCAAAGAGUGAGCGCGGAAGAGAACGCUGCCAACUUGAUCAAGGAAUGCGGGUUAGACGCCGGUGCCGAUGUCAUCAUCGAUGCAUCAGGGGCGGAACCGUGUAUUCAGAUGGCGAUACAUGCGUUGCGUAUGGGUGGCACCUAUGUUCAGGGCGGCAUGGGCAAGCCCGAUAUCAACUUUCCUAUCAUGGCCAUGUGCACAAAGGAACUCAACGUCAAAGGCUCCUUUCGCUACGGUUCAGGUGACUACCAAACUGCCAUUGAUCUGGUUGCUAGCGGACGGAUAUCCAUCGGUGAAUUGAUCACGGGCAAAGUCAAGUUUGAGGAUGCAGAGAAGGCAUUUGCAGAUGUCAAGGUGGGCAAGGGAAUCAAGAUUCUGAUCGAAGGGCCUGGGGAGUAG